GCCCACAAGGCCCGAGCCCACCACAGCUAGGGUUUUCUCGGCGCAAUAAGACCAUCCUCUCCUCUCACACCCGCCGCCGCCGCCGCUCCCGCUCCCGCUCGCACCGUCGCAUCUCCGCAGGGUUCGCAAAGAUGGCGGUGCCGCUGCUGACGCAGAAGAUCGUGAAGAAGCGGGUCAAGCAGUUCAAGAGGCCCCACCUCGACCGCUACAAGUGCCUCAAGCCAAGCUGGCGCAGGCCAAAGGGUAUUGACUCCUGCGUCAGGCGGAAGUUCAAGGGAUGCACCUUGAUGCCCAACAUUGGAUACGGCUCUGACAAGAAGACCAGGCACUACCUCCCCAACAAAUUCAAGAAGUUUGUUGUUCACAAUGUCUCUGAUCUGGAGCUGCUUAUGAUGCACAACAGGACGUACUGCGCGGAGAUUGCCCACAACGUCUCCACCCGCAAGCGCAAGGAGAUUGUUGAGCGUGCUGCACAGCUGGACAUUGUGGUCACCAACAAGCUUGCCAGGCUCCGCAGCCAGGAGGACGAGUGAAAUGUUCAGUAGUUGCAGUUGCGUUGUUCUUAGAACAGUACCGAGUGAAAUGUUCUUAGAACAGUUGCGUUGUUCUUAGAGCUGGAGAUACUCUUCCACCAUUUUUAUGCUUAUAUUAGACAUGUUCUGUGGACGUAAUUUUGCUAUGAGUGUACUAGUGAUGGCGAAUACCAUCUAGUUUUGAUCUGACAUAAUGAAAUUGUGGCAAUGACUUCCUCAUGCUUAAGGUU